CUCUUCCUUUCUCACUUCUCUCUAUACCUUACUUCUCACAUCCGCAUCUGUCGAGACAUCGCACACAAUGGCCGAGCAGCUGCCGACAGAGCAAAUUGCUGAGUUCAAGGAGGCCUUCUCUCUCUUCGACAAGGAUGGCGACGGAACCAUCACUACCAAGGAGCUCGGCACCGUCAUGCGCUCUCUUGGCCAGAACCCCACCCAGGCUGAGCUUGAGGACAUGAUCAACGAGGUUGACGCGGACGGGAACAACUCCAUUGACUUCGCCGAGUUCAUGACCCUCAUGGCGCGCAAGAUGCACGACACUGACUCGGAGGAGGAGAUCCGUGAGGCCUUCAAGGUCUUCGACAAGAACAACGAUGGUCACAUCUCUGCUGCGGAGCUCAAGCACGUUAUGACCAACCUGGGCGAGAAGCUCUCGGACGACGAGAUCACCCAGAUGAUUCGCGAGGCCGACAAGGACGGUGAUGGCAUGAUCGACUACAACGAGUUUGUCACCAUGAUGAUGGCCAAGGUAAGUGGCUGCACGCUGGUUCUGAGUUUUUUGUCGUCGUAGACAAACAUAUGCGCUCAACUUGGCGCCCAACUUGGCGCCCAUGUGCUGGACAGGUCCAAGCACUGGGAGGGCUGUGCCAAGUCAUGCUGUGGUGUUAUGGAUGGCCGACUUUCGGACGGCGACCCUGAGUCAUACGCUGACACCGCGCAGUAAACGUCGACCGGUAAUGAGAUAUGUCCUGCCACCGGUGUGCGGGCGUAUUAG